UCUGCGGCUGUAGCGUUUGGUGAGUUUGCUGCUAGCUUUUGUUCGGUGGACAAUAAACUACCUAACGAGUAGCUAUCAGCUCAGUAAUACACGGACAGUGAUAAAUACAGAAAGAUAACUGUGCUGUGAGAGACGUUGUUCAUCUCGAUAACAGGAAAGACUGCAGCUGAACUUUAAAUUAAUACCAGCAUCUUCCUCCAUCACUGCUCCCACCCUCCUCCCAUCCAUCCACUGCUCUUACUGGUUGACUCCUCCACUUCUCAACAUGGCGACUAUGUUCCUACUCUGGCUGUGCCACUGACCUCCACCCUGGACUACCACCAUGGAGAGAAAACGCAGAAAGAAAUUAAUCUAGCUGCUCAGGCCAUUUGCAGUAUGGACUCAUUUUUGGAGCUCUGGACCUGAAAUGCUCUGCUCUGACCCCUAACGCCAAACCAGGUUUUAGCUGCUCAUUUUUCAUCUGAAACGGCACAUCUGCUGCUGGAGUUUCAAAGAGCCUGGUCGCAUCUAUGGUUUGUGCUACUUCACCACUCAAAAUGCUCCUGCUUCCUGUGUGGGCGUCCAUGCUUUUGGGGCUGCUGAUGGGCUUCCUGCCAGUGGUGGGGAUGGAGCCAACGGGAGGGGCCAAAUCUCAGUCCGACCAUGCCCCAAACACAGAGCCCCUUCCUGCAUCAUCUGGCUCCAACUGCUCCCAGUUAACCCUCAAACUGGAAUUUUCCUCCCAGGUGGUGGAGCAUGAAUACAUCGUAGCAUUUACGGGGUAUUUCUCUGCCAAAGCUCGCAGCCUGUACAUCAGCAGCGCCCUGCGGAACGCUGGGGACGGAGCGCUGGAGUGGCACAUCGUUCCCAGGGAAAACCCAGCCUCCGACUUCCCCAGCGACUUUGAGCUGGUCCACAUCCGUCAAGCUUCGCCCAGCCGCCUGACAACCUUAGAGGACCACCCUUACAUCAAGAGGGUGACGCCGCAGCGCAAAGUGUUCCGCAUGCUCAAAUACAUUCCCUCACCCGAACCUGCUGCACCCUGCAACGCCACCCGUGGGACGCAAAAAUGGCAGUCGUGGCAGUCAUCCCGGCCUUUCAGACGAACCAGCUUGUCAUUGGGCUCGGGAUUCUGGCACGCCACUGGUCGCCACUCCAGCCGGCGUCUGCUGCGGGCCAUCCCACGCCACGUUGCCCAGAUCCUGCAGGCAGACGUACUCUGGCAGAUGGGACACACUGGUUCUGGUGUGAAGGUGGCAGUGUUUGAUACAGGCCUGAGCGAGAAGCACCCACAUUUUAAGAACGUGAAAGAAAGGACCAACUGGACUAAUGAAAAGACACUGGAUGAUGGUCUGGGCCACGGUACAUUUGUAGCAGGAGUGAUAGCCAGUAUGAGAGAGUGUCAGGGCUUUGCUCCAGACUCAGAGCUGCACAUCUUCAGAGUAUUCACCAACAACCAGGUAUCGUACACCUCGUGGUUUCUGGAUGCUUUCAACUACGCCAUCCUGAAGAAGAUUGAUGUUCUCAAUCUCAGCAUUGGAGGGCCUGACUUCAUGGACCACCCAUUUGUUGAUAAGGUUUGGGAGCUCACUGCCAACAGAGUGAUCAUGGUCUCCGCUAUUGGCAACGAUGGACCUCUUUAUGGCACCCUGAACAACCCAGCAGACCAGAUGGACGUGAUUGGGGUCGGAGGGAUCGACUUUGAGGACAACAUUGCCAGGUUUUCCUCCAGAGGCAUGACUACCUGGGAGCUGCCAGGUGGUUACGGCAGGGUGAAGCCUGACAUCGUCACCUACGGUUCUGGCGUUCGGGGAUCAGGGAUGAAGGAGGGGUGUCGCUCUCUGUCUGGCACCAGUGUUGCAUCUCCUGUGGUGGCUGGUGCCGUUACUCUCCUGGCCAGCACCGUCCUGAACAGGGAGUUGGUGAACCCAGCCUCCAUGAAGCAGGCUCUGAUCGCCUCGGCCCGCAGGCUGCCAGGGGUCAACAUGUUCGAGCAAGGCCAUGGGAAGCUAGAUCUGAUUAGAGCGUACCAGAUCCUCAACAGCUACAGACCUCAGGCCAGUCUUUCUCCCAGCUACAUCGACCUGACAGAGUGUCCGUACAUGUGGCCUUACUGCUCUCAGCCCAUCUACUAUGGAGGGAUGCCCACCAUCGUCAAUGUGACCAUUCUCAACGGCAUGGGCGUCACAGGCAGGAUUUUGGACAAGCCCAUCUGGCAGCCCUACCUCCCUCAGAACGGUGACCACAUCGACGUGGCGGUCUCUUACUCCCCCGUGUUGUGGCCGUGGGCCGGCUACCUGGCUGUGUCCAUCUCCGUGGCCAAGAAGGCGGCAUCGUGGGAGGGAAUUGCUCAAGGUCAUGUGAUGGUCACGGUGGCGUCACCAGCAGAGAACGACUCUGAGGUGGGCGGUGAGCUGACAUCCACAGUCAAGCUUCCCAUCAAGGUGAAGAUCGUGCCAACUCCCCCACGUAGUAAGCGGGUACUGUGGGACCAAUACCACAACCUGCGCUACCCGCCCGGCUACUUUCCCCGAGACAACCUGCGCAUGAAAAACGACCCACUAGACUGGAAUGGGGACCACAUCCACACAAACUUCAGGGACAUGUACCAGCACCUGAGGAGUAUGGGAUACUUUGUCGAGGUUCUCGGAGCGCCAAUCACCUGCUUCGAUGCCAGCCAGUAUGGCACAUUGCUUAUGGUGGACAGCGAGGAGGAGUAUUUCCCUGAAGAGAUCACCAAGCUGAGGAGAGACAUCGACAACGGCCUGUCGCUCAUUAUCUUCAGCGACUGGUACAACACCUCGGUAAUGAGGAAGGUCAAGUUCUACGACGAAAACACCAGGCAGUGGUGGAUGCCAGACACAGGGGGAGCUAACGUUCCAGCUCUGAACGACCUGAUCUCAGUGUGGGGGAUGGCGUUCAGUGACGGGCUGUAUGAGGGAGACUUUACCUUGGCUGAUCAUGACAUGUAUUACGCCUCAGGCUGCAGCAUCGCCCGCUUCCCAGAGGACGGAAUAGUGAUUGCCAAAAAUCUAAAGGACCAAGGUCUGGAAGUGUUAAAGCAGGAGACAGCUGUAGUAGAGGGAGUUCCCAUCCUUGGGCUAUACCAAACACCGUCUGACGGGGGAGGUCGCAUCGCUCUGUACGGUGAUUCUAACUGUAUAGACGACAGCCACAGACAGAAAGACUGUUUCUGGCUGCUCGACGCUCUCCUUCAGUACACCUCCUACAGUAUGACUCCCCCCAGCCUCAGCCACUCCCACAGCAGGGUAGCACCCCCCACAGGCACCGAGCGCCCACUGCCACAGAGACUGGAAGGCAACCACCUUUACCGCUACUCCAAAGUCCUAGAGGCUCACCUGGGAGACCCAAAGCCCCGCCCACUCCCAGCCUGCCCCCACCUGUCUUGGGCAAAGCCACAGCCACUCAAUGAGACCGCACCCAGUAACCUGUGGAAGCACCAGAAGCUUCUCUCAGUUGAUCUGGACAAAGUGGCUCUACCCAACGUGAGGGCGUACCGUCCCCAGGUCAGACCUCUGUCUCCCGGAGAGAGUGGCGCCUGGGACAUCCCCGGAGGGAUAAUGCCCGGUCGCUACAACCAAGAAGUGGGCCAGACCAUCCCUGUGUUCGCCUUCCUGGGAGCGAUGGUCGUCCUUUCCUUUUUCGUGGUCCAGCUCACAAAGGCCAAGAGCAAACCGAAGCGCAGGAAACCUCGCAUCAAACGACCCACAUACCUCCAGCAGCAGCAGCAGCAGCAGCAGACGACGACCGGGAAAAAUCCCACAGUUUGACCGCAACUGUGAGCUGCUGCAGGAGAUCCACCUCCAGAACUGAGACGCUGUUAAACGGACAACAUGUAUCGAGCAGCGACAUCGGAGGUGUCAAACUACACAGAGUCUAAUGAACCGCUUAAAGUCCAGCCUGCCAGACACCGACGACUCUGGGCAUCUGAUACAGUCUUUGUGCCUCUUGUCUGUUGAAGGCUGUCCGUGGGUGUUUGUGUGUGUUUGUGGACUAAUGAACAGUGUUAGGCAGUGUCACACACGAUGUAAAACACACACCUGGUCCUGAAAAAUGCCUGUUUGAAACAGACAUGUUGUCUACAUUUCCCACUCUUCUCUUCGACCAAACUGUUUCUUUAUGAAUGAAUUGUGUCUGACUUUUAUAUUUAUUGAAUUUGUUCGUACCCUAAAACACUCAGAAGUACAAGAGAUUUCACACACACACACACACACACACACACACACACGAUACAUACUGUAUGCACUUUAACAAUAAAGCAGUUGGCAUACACGCGGACAGAAGCACCCCAACACAAUCAUGCAGACAUUUCAAACUCGAGGACCAUUGGAUGAUUCCUGUGUCCCCAUCCACUGUUUCCUACGUCCUGCCCAUAUCUGUAAAAAGUAUCUGUCUUUUCAUUGUUUUUAUAUUUUAUAUGAUGAAUGAACUCUGGCCAGGCAUUCUGUUGAUAUCCUCCUUCAUGUCGUGUUCAACAAAGUAGCAUCGACAGACUUGUUCAAAUAUAUCUCAUCAAUUAAAAAGCAUAAUCAAA